UCUAACCCAACAAUCGCUUCUCCUCGAUAACCCAACUCUCCCGCUCUUUAAAGACAGAACAAGAAAAAUAUUCAGACUACAAACAAGAAUUUCAGAGAAAGAGAGAUCUAUAGAGGAAAAAUGGCGGUCGAGACUGUAGCUCCAGCACCAGCAACUGCACCCACAGAGAUGUCCGACGCUGCCCAGGCGCAGCAGAAGAAGAACAGGAUUCAAGUGUCCAACACCAAGAAGCCGCUCUUCUUUUAUGUCAAUCUCGCUAAGAGGUAUAUCCAGCAACAUGAUGAGGUUGAGCUUUCUGCCUUGGGCAUGGCAAUCACCACUGUUGUUACAAUUGCUGAGAUAUUGAAGAACACUGGAUUAGCCACCGAGAAGAAAGUUUUGACAUCUACAGUAGGCAUGAAAGACGAAAACAAAGGAAAGCUGGUUCAGAAGGCCAAGAUCGAAAUAGUGUUGGGGAAAUCUGAGAAAUUUGAUAGUCUGAUGGAAGCUGCAAAUACAGCCACAGAGGAAUCGCCCAAAGACAACGAAUGAGGAGAGACACUAUGGAGCAGCAAAGCCUGAUGUUUACUUCUGUAGUUAUGCAUCCAAACCAAAACCCUUUGUCUGCCUAAUAGUGAUAAGUAGGAAGGAUAUAUAUAUAAUAUAUAUAUAUAAAUAUAGAUAGGUGUUUUUUUUUAUCCCUCAAAAUGGUUAUGGCAUAAUGGAGCCAAUUGUACUUCAUAUGCACCUCUCUACAACUCUCAGAGUUAUUGAACUGUUUCCAUAUAUUUAUAUAUAUAUCUUUUAUGAUUACUGCACUCAAGUGCCUAA